GGCGGUCAGACAGUGGCGGUCUUGGGAGGUGCCGGCGUGAGGCCGAGCCGCUGCCCGACCGCAGAAGCCGCCGCCGCCGGCCCUAAGCCGCGCCCAGGUCUCCCGCGCUCUCGCCCUCCGCCCGCCGCGGCCCUCGGUGCGGAGCUGGCCCGAUGCGUGAUGGGGCUGCCGAGCGGCGCCCUGCGGCUCUCGGCGGCCGCUGCUCGGGCUGAGGAGCGUCGGUGCCGGGCUCCCCGCGCCCCCGCGCGCCGCGGCCCUUGCUGAUCUGGCCGGCCCGCCCUCCCGUCCGUUUGUCCGCAGCGCGGCUGAGGAAACUUGAACAGAAUUUCAUAAGAAGAUUUGAUUCUUUAUUUCUGGACUGCAUAUAUAUAACAAGACCAUCAGAAUGUCGGGAGCCUCAGUGAAGGUGGCUGUCCGUGUGCGGCCCUUCAAUUCUCGAGAGACCAGCAAAGAAUCCAAGUGCAUCAUUCAGAUGCAGGGCAACUCAACCAGUAUUAUUAACCCAAAGAACCCAAAGGAAGCUCCAAAGUCCUUCAGCUUUGACUACUCCUACUGGUCUCACACCUCGCCCGAAGAUCCGUGUUUUGCAUCUCAAAACCGUGUGUACAAUGAUAUUGGAAAGGAAAUGCUCUUACAUGCCUUUGAAGGUUAUAAUGUCUGUAUUUUUGCCUAUGGGCAGACUGGUGCUGGGAAGUCUUAUACAAUGAUGGGUAAACAAGAAGAAAGCCAGGCUGGCAUCAUUCCACAGUUAUGUGAAGAACUAUUUGAGAAAAUCAACGACAACUGUAAUGAAGAAAUGUCUUACUCUGUAGAGGUGAGCUACAUGGAAAUUUACUGUGAAAGAGUACGAGACUUGCUGAAUCCCAAAAACAAGGGUAACUUACGUGUGCGUGAACAUCCACUUCUUGGCCCGUAUGUGGAGGAUCUGUCAAAGUUGGCAGUAACUUCCUACACAGACAUUGCUGACCUCAUGGAUGCUGGGAACAAGGCCAGGACAGUGGCAGCUACCAACAUGAAUGAAACAAGUAGCCGUUCCCACGCUGUGUUUACCAUUGUUUUCACCCAGAAGAAGCAUGAUACUGAAACCAACCUUUCCACUGAGAAGGUCAGUAAAAUCAGCUUGGUGGAUUUAGCGGGAAGUGAACGAGCUGAUUCAACUGGUGCCAAAGGAACUCGAUUAAAGGAAGGAGCAAAUAUUAAUAAGUCUCUUACAACUCUGGGUAAAGUCAUUUCAGCCUUGGCAGAGGUGAGUAAGAAGAAGAAGAAAACUGAUUUUAUUCCGUACAGAGAUUCUGUACUUACUUGGCUCCUUCGAGAAAAUCUAGGUGGCAAUUCUAGGACUGCAAUGGUUGCUGCUCUGAGCCCAGCAGAUAUCAACUACGAUGAAACUUUGAGCACUCUGAGAUAUGCAGAUCGUGCAAAACAAAUUAAAUGCAAUGCUGUUAUCAAUGAGGACCCCAAUGCCAAACUGGUUCGUGAAUUAAAGGAAGAGGUGACACGGCUGAAGGACCUUCUUCGUGCUCAGGGUUUGGGAGAUAUUAUUGAUACUGAUCCAUUGAUCGAUGAUUACUCUGGAAGUGGAGGCAAAUAUCUGAAAGAUUUUCAGAACAAUAAGCAUAGGUACUUGCUAGCCUCUGAGAAUCAACGUCCUGGCAAUUUUUCCACAGCGUCCAUGGGGUCCCUUACUUCAUCUCCAUCUUCCUGCUCACUCAGUAGUCAGGUGGGCUUAACAUCUGUGACCAGUAUUCAGGAGAGAAUCAUGUCUACACCUGGAGGAGAGGAAGCCAUCGAACGUCUAAAGGAAUCGGAGAAGAUCAUUGCUGAGUUGAACGAAACCUGGGAAGAAAAGCUGCGUAAAACAGAGGCCAUCAGAAUGGAGAGAGAGGCCUUGUUGGCUGAGAUGGGAGUUGCCAUUCGGGAAGAUGGAGGAACCCUGGGGGUUUUCUCACCUAAAAAGACGCCACAUCUUGUUAACCUCAAUGAGGACCCACUGAUGUCCGAAUGCCUUCUCUAUUACAUCAAAGAUGGAAUCACAAGGGUUGGCCAAGCAGAUGCUGAGCGGCGCCAGGACAUCGUGCUGAGUGGGGCUCACAUUAAAGAAGAGCAUUGUAUCUUCCGGAGCGAGAGGAACAACAGUGGGGAUGUUAUUGUAACCCUGGAGCCCUGUGAACGUUCAGAAACCUACGUAAAUGGCAAGAGGGUGGCCCAGCCUGUUCAGCUGCGCUCAGGAAACCGUAUCAUCAUGGGUAAAAACCAUGUGUUUCGUUUUAACCACCCGGAGCAAGCACGGGCGGAGCGGGAGAAGACUCCUUCUGCUGAGACCCCCUCUGAGCCUGUGGACUGGACGUUUGCCCAGAGGGAGCUUCUGGAAAAACAAGGGAUUGAUAUGAAACAGGAGAUGGAAAAAAGGCUACAGGAAAUGGAGAUCCUAUACAAAAAGGAGAAGGAAGAAGCAGAUCUUCUCUUGGAGCAGCAGAGACUGGAUUAUGAGAGUAAAUUGCAGGCCUUGCAGAAGCAGGUGGAGACGAGAUCCCUGGCAGCAGAAACAACUGAAGAGGAAGAAGAGGAGGAAGAAGUUCCUUGGACACAACAUGAAUUUGAGCUGGCCCAGUGGGCCUUCCGGAAGUGGAAGUCUCACCAGUUUACCUCAUUAAGGGACUUACUCUGGGGCAAUGCCGUUUACCUGAAGGAGGCCAAUGCCAUCAGUGUGGAAUUGAAGAAGAAGGUGCAGUUUCAGUUUGUUCUUCUGACUGACACGUUGUACUCCCCUUUGCCUCCUGAAUUACUUCCCACUGAGAUGGAAAAAACUCAGGAAGACAGACCAUUCCCUCGCACAGUGGUGGCAGUGGAAGUCCAGGAUCUGAAAAAUGGAGCAACACAUUAUUGGUCUUUGGCGAAACUUAAGCAGAGGCUGGAUUUGAUGCGAGAGAUGUAUGACAGGGCAGGUGAGAUGGCCUCCAGUGCCCAAGAUGAAAGUGAAACCACCAUGACUGGCAGUGAUCCAUUUUAUGAUCGAUUCCAUUGGUUCAAACUUGUAGGAAGCGCCCCCAUUUUCCACGGCUGUGUGAAUGAGCGCCUUGCUGACCGCACGCCCUCCCCCACUUUUUCCACGGCCGAUUCCGACAUCACUGAGCUGGCUGACGAGCAGCAAGAUGAGAUGGAGGAUUUUGAUGAUGAGGCAUUCGUGGAUGACACCGGCUCUGACGCAGGGACGGAGGAGGGAUCAGACCUCUUCAGUGAUGGGCAUGACCCGUUUUACGACAGAUCCCCAUGGUUCAUUUUAGUGGGAAGAGCAUUUGUUUACCUGAGCAACCUGCUGUACCCCGUGCCCCUGAUUCACAGGGUGGCCGUUGUCAGUGAGAAGGGCGAAGUGCGGGGAUUUCUCCGUGUGGCUGUGCAGGCCAUCGCAGCGGACGAAGAAGCUCCUGAUUAUGGUUCUGGAAUUCGACAGUCAGGAACAGCUAAAAUAUCUUUUGAUAAUGAGUACUUUAAUCAGAGUGACUUUUCUUCGGUUGCAAUGACCCGUUCUGGUCUAUCCUUGGAGGAGCUGAGGAUUGUGGAAGGACAGGGUCAGAGUUCUGAGGUCAUCACUCCUCCAGAAGAAAUCAAUCGAAUGAAUGACUUGGAUUUGAAGUCAAGCACUUUGCUGGAUGGUAAGAUGGUAAUGGAAGGAUUUUCUGAAGAGAUUGGCAACCACCUGAAACUGGGCAGUGCCUUCACUUUCCGUGUAACAGUGCUGCAGGCCAGUGGAAUCCUCCCAGAGUAUGCAGACAUCUUCUGUCAGUUCAACUUUUUGCAUCGCCAUGAUGAAGCAUUCUCCACUGAACCCCUCAAAAACAAUGGCAGAGGAAGUCCUCUGGGCUUUUAUCAUGUGCAGAAUAUUGCAGUGGAGGUUACGGAAUCAUUUGUGGACUAUAUCAAAACCAAGCCUAUCGUGUUUGAAGUCUUUGGGCAUUAUCAGCAGCACCCACUUCACCUGCAAGGACAGGAGCUUAACAGUCCACCCCAGCCAUCUCGACGAUUCUUCCCUCCGCCCAUGCCACUGUCCAAGCCAGACCAUGAGAGAAAGAUUGAGCUGAUUCGGUUUCUCGUAUCUGACUAUGUGAACGUGCAUGUGUUGGACACAUUUUCUGAGCAUGCCACUGUGCUCGCGUCCUCUGCCAUUGCCACCUUCCAGGAUGGGGCUGACCCAUUGCCGCCUUUUCUCUUUCUGCCAGUGCCCAGCUGCCAGACCGAGAGGGUACCUAAACGAGAUGUUCCAGCCACCAAGUUAAAUACCAUGAGCAAAACCAGCCUUGGCCAGAGCAUGAGCAAGUACGACCUUCUGGUUUGGUUUGAGAUCAGUGAACUGGAGCCUACAGGAGAGUAUAUUCCAGCUGUGGUUGACCAUACAGCAGGCUUGCCCUGCCAGGGGACAUUUUUGCUUCACCAGGGCAUCCAGCGAAGGAUCACAGUAACCAUUAUCCAUGAAAAGGGGAGUGAACUCCACUGGAAGGAUGUCCGUGAGCUAGUGGGUGGCCGGAUUCGGAAUAAAGCUGAGGUGGACGAAGCCACAGUUGAUGCCAUCCUCUCCUUAAAUAUCAUCUCUGCCAAGUACCUGAAGUCUGCCCACAACUCUAGCAGGACCUUCUAUCGUUUCGAGGCCGUGUGGGACAGCUCCCUCCAUAACUCCCUCCUCCUGAACCGCGUGACACCCUAUGGGGAAAAGAUCUACAUGACCUUGUCGGCCUACCUGGAGCUGGAUCAUUGUAUCCAGCCGGCUGUCGUCACCAAGGAUGUGUGCAUGGUCUUCUACUCCCGAGACGCCAAGAUCUCGCCGCCACGCUCACUGCGCAGCCUCUUUGGCAGCGGCUAUUCGAAGUCACCAGACUCCAAUCGAGUCACUGGAAUUUAUGAACUCAGUUUAUGCAAGAUGGCAGACACAGGUAGUCCAGGCAUGCAGAGGAGGAGAAGGAAAAUCUUGGAUACAUCAGUGGCGUACGUGCGGGGAGAAGAGAACUUAGCAGGCUGGCGGCCUCGUGGAGACAGCCUCAUCCUUGAGCACCAGUGGGGCUUGGAGAAGCUGGAGCUCCUGCACGAGGUGGAGAAAACCCGCCACUUCCUGUUGCUCCGUGAGAGACUUGGUGACAGCAUCCCCACGUCCCUGAGCGACUCGUUGUCCCCCAGCCUCAGCAGUGGGACCCUCAGCACCUCCACCAGCAUCUCCUCUCAGAUCUCAACCACCACCUUUGAAAGUGCCGUCACACCCAGCGAGAGCAGUGGCUACGACUCCACAGACAUUGAAAGCCUGGUGGAUCGAGAGAAAGAGCUGGCUACCAAGUGCCUGCAACUUCUCACCCACACUUUCAACCGAGAAUUCAGCCAGGUGCACGGCAGCGUCAGUGACUGCAAGUUGUCUGAUAUCUCUCCAGUCGGACGGGAUCCCUCUGUGUCCAGUUUUAGCAGUGCUACCCUCACUCCCUCCUCCACCUGCCCCUCUCUGAUCGAUGCUGGGAGCAACUCUUUGGAUCAGAAGACCCCAGAAGCCAAUUCCCGGGCCUCUAGUCCCUGCCCGGAAUUUGAACAGUUUCAGAUUGUCCCAACUGUGGAAACGCCCUAUUUGGCCCGAGCAGGAAAAAAUGAAUUUCUCAAUCUUGUUCCAGAUAUUGAAGAAAUUAGACCAGGCUCAGUGGUCUCUAAGAAAGGAUAUCUGCAUUUCAAGGAGCCACUUUCCAGCAACUGGGCUAAACAUUUUGUCGUGGUCCGUCGCCCCUAUGUCUUCAUCUAUAACAGUGACAAAGACCCGGUGGAGCGUGGCAUCAUUAACUUGUCCACAGCGCAGGUGGAAUACAGUGAGGACCAGCAGGCCAUGGUGAAGACACCGAACACCUUUGCUGUAUGCACAAAGCACCGCGGGGUCCUUUUGCAGGCUCUCAAUGACAAAGACAUGAACGACUGGUUAUAUGCCUUUAACCCACUCCUUGCUGGCACAAUACAGUCAAAACUCUCCCGCAGAUGCCCGAGCCAACCGAAGUACUAGGUGACUGCCGAGCGCCCUCACUCGCCUUCCGGGAGAUAAAGAAAGUGUCACCUCUCAUUCCUCUUUGUGAUUCUUGAUGGUUAUUCUUGUGUGUGAUCCUGUGGCUGAAGUGUGUGUCCCUCCUGGUCCAGCACUUUUUCUCUCUCCCCUGGUCCCCAUCCCCACUGCUCUGUCCUCUUUUCUUUCUUCCUGUGCUGAGAAUCUUGUUAGAAGCAUGUGGCCUAACAAAAGGUGGGGGGAAAAAAUGAAGAAAAAAACAAAAACCCAGAGGGGAUCCAGUGAAUCUCCCAAUUGUUUUUUGGUGUAUUUUGCCUUCCUUUUGUGUGAUAGGUCCCCAUAUGACCACCUCUGAUGUCUGUACUGCUGUCUUUGGAUAUCUCUGUCUGUUGUUCAAGACAACAUAAUACUUUUUUCUUUUCGUUGUGAUAUAAUGUUAAUUUUUUUCGGGUGGCUUAGAGACUAAAGGAAGAGACAUCUGGUCUUUUUUAGAACCUGAGAGGAAAAAACUUACCUUUUCCCCUUCUGUCUCUUUUUGCCAUGACUAAUUCUUACAUUCUCCAUUCAGGGAAAAUGUUGUAGUGAGCUUAAAAAUGGGACAGGUAUAUUCUCUGAAGUUGGGGCUUAUUUAGAACAUAGUUAUGUAAUUUUCAUUUAGUGGAAGAGACUUUUCAGCAGGUUUGGGACCGUGGCUGCUGUUGACCUUAUAAGAAGGAAAGAGCCAAGGCUAUUGCUGAUGGAUUUCAGAGGACCGUGGGACUUGGGCCGUGACAGUGGGGUCAGUAAGAUGCUUGUAGUUCUCACAGCAGGGCUCCUGUGAGCUGUUUGUCUCCACUGGGAGGGAGCCUCUUCUCUCAGAGUCUCAGUUCUGUUCUUGGAGUUAGUAAUGACGGUGUUACAGUCUGGAAUUAGUGCCAUGAUGUCAUAUACAAAUAUCUCACAAGGAGGGAGUGUUUCACUCUCUGGGUGAUGAACUUGAUGGUCUUUGUCACCAUCACGAUUAUGAUGAUGCCCGGGUAGUGACCUCGUGAUUGCUGUAGCUCCCUUUGAUCAAAGAAAUCUAGCUCUGAAGUGUAAACUUGGAUGUCUCCCUCUGAAUCCAGUGGUCAUUUUCAGUGAUCCUUGUCAAAUUGAAAACACUUUCAAUGAUGCUUGUCUCCCUAUGCUCAUAGCUAAGUGAACGUGGCAGGCUUUGCUUUCUGGACCCCAGAAUUAAAACGGACUUCCUGCCACCACUAAGAGCAAAAGGACACCUGGGGGCAGAGAAGAGGGUCCACCUGAACCCUGGCCCCGGGCCUGGUCAUUUGUCUCCUCCUUGGUUAUCUCCAUCGUGCGUGGAAAUACUGCCAGAGGAGAAAGGAGGAGCUCACUGCCGGUAGCCUCCUUCUGUGACGGAAGAGGAUCGCCUGCUUCCGGAGGCCAUCGUGGAAGAUGCUCUUGCUCUUUCAGCUGCAGUGUCACAGGAAUGACAGGGGAGAGAAGGCCUCCAGUUACUUCAGUUGCUUUGCCAGUUGACUUGGGGCUGUUCUGUACCAUCCUUUACUGCCCUCGCUCACACCUCUGUUUGACCAUCCAUCCUUCAGGUGCUCAGGAAAGUAUCUGCUCGCUCCCACUUUGUGGAGAUCCUCCGUCAGGGGUCCUCCGCCUCGAGGGUGCUGACUCUCGGGUAGCAAAGGGGAAGGGCCCGUGCGCUCAGCAGAAUGAGGGCUGGGCAGGCUCGCCAGCACCCGGACCCUCGCCUCUGCCUUCCUGGAGGGGCUCAUCUCCUGGCUUCGUUCAUCAUAAUUGCUUUGCAAAGAGGAGGAAAAGGGAGUCACGGAGAGCUUAACUAAAGAAAGACUAGAAAUCGAAGGCCAUGACCUUACCUGAAAAAUGAUCAAGAAAAAUUCUAUGGUAGAUUUUUUAACUUUCUUCCUCUCCUUAAAACAUAGGUCACUAACUCUAAUGUUACUUGUUUUCUAAGUGGUGCUUCAGACUUUAAAGUAGUUAGAGGUUUCCUGUCUAAUGGACACAGUGUGCCCUUCCAGUGUCUGCUCAAAUCCAGGGUCUGCCCGUGCUUAGAGACAGCUUCCUGGGCUGAAAUUAAAUCUAGUUUCAGGGAAACGAAGAUGAGAUUUGAAGGUUACUUUUCGAAUUAAAUCAUGGAUGCUGCUGCUGUUACAGAGUCUGAUAGGAGGAUCCGUGUCCGUGGCAAAAGGAGGCGGCGGGGGGGGGGGGGAGCCGAGGGAGAUAGAAUCAAGUGAUACAGUGAGAUGACUCUUGUUUUUUAUUCUAACUUAAACAAAACUGGCUUGGAAAGUCUUUGCUUUGGAAUGUCAGAAACUAGAAGAGGCCGAGGUGCGAAGGCCUUGUGAGGCAGCGGGGGCCUUGGCUGCGGCUCCCUGGUACACACGGCCCCCGCUGGUGCCCCUUUGUCUAGGGGUCUGUUUUCAGAUUGGAGUUGGAGCAGUUUCAGGACUGAUGUCCCCUCCCAGGCAGGUCCAUCCCCACUUUGAAGCUCUGAGAGAGAAUUUAAGGCAGGAAUCAUUUAUGAGGCUUUCAUGGAAGCCACAGUGUCGGGAAAGUUGAAAGAA